AUGCAGGGUCAACGUCCAGCAAUACUGGCUAGUGUAAUUAAUAAUACUACACAUUUUACUCGGUAUCGUCCCAUUUCGUUGGUUUUGUGUUUUACUCCAAUUCCACUGCACCGAGUUAACUUCCAUGUGACGUACCAUAUCCAACGUCUUUGGAAACGACGUUGCAUACUUUCCCUUGACCUGAGCUACCUCCACUUUUUGACUUCAGAUAGCACCCUCGGUGCCACCAUUCCAAGCGUAAAUUCAAUAUUUGAGUUGGGAAUUCACUUAAUUCCGCUCUUUCUCAUGCACAGGUUCACGAAGGGGUUGGAAAACUUACAAACUGGAAUCAAGACGGAUCUACGAACACUCGGCACUUGUGAAACAAUUGAGGGACCAUAAGGAUCAAGGUUGUUACAUGUAACGACUAGACUGAGAAACAGGUGCCUCUGCUCUCCCUCAUGCUGCUCAUCUUUUCCCUACUUAAUCGGCCGCAGCGCUACUGUUUCCUAUCCAACUUGGGCCAACCGCGUUCUGAUGAUAUCGUCGCAAACAGUCAAUAAUUUGACCCUACAUACGACGACAAGUAUGCCGAGCAAAUCAGAGUAUUCACGCAGGAUUCGGAGGUACUCAAGUUAAUAUGAUUUUGAUGACCUCCACGUGCUUGUGUCACGGGCUUGUAUCACUCAGUCGCCGAUGCCCAACGUUAUCCACGCAGGUAGAACCGACGGCUACCUUGAGUUAGUCCAGAAGGAGAAUGGAGUCGAAAAGCUUCCAUGACAAGCUUACUCGAUCUGUCUUCACCUCGACUUUCUGAUGGUACUUAUCCCAUCGACGGCAAGCGUGGAUUUGUACCAGUGUGCAAAAUAAACUAAUCCUCGACUACUCCAAGGAGCAUUUCUUCAUUGCUUGCUCUUAUUCCCAGUAUGCACUUUCUAGGGCAUCCAGCAUAGUACAAAAUAUUACGACUGCAAUUUGCAUGACCUUUGACAUGAUUCUCCUCACCCAUUUUUCCCAGUUGGUUGGUGAAUCGCGUCGGACACGUAGCCCAUUACCUCGCACCAGACAUCAGCGGCUUUAGUGCCGUGCAGAAGUUUAUACAUCCAUUGGCAUACGGUUGCUGCACGAUUUUGGACUCAGUAUUACUCAAAAGUACAACCACUUACAGUCC